AUGAAGUUCCUGGCCCUGCUUUUCCUGCUGUUCGUGGGCGCAGCCAGUGCUGCUGUCUCGCCCCGGGCCAUGUGGGAUUUUCGCAGCAUGAUCAAAUGCACUCUCCCGAACAGCCGUCCUCUGCUGGAAUAUGCUGACUACGGCUGCUUCUGCGGCUUUGGGGGCUGCUUCUGCGGCUUGGGAGGCAGCGGGACACCAGUGGAUGAACUUGACAGGUGCUGUCAAACACACGAUGGGUGCUACACACAGGCAAAGAAACUAGACGCGUGCAAAAACCACAUCGUGGACAACCCCUAUACAAAGUCCUACAGCUUCAGCUGCUCCAGUGGCAGGGUUACGUGUAGCAGCCAGAACGACGCCUGCGAGAUGUUCAUCUGCAACUGCGACCGCGCCGCCGCCAUCUGCUUCGCCAAGGCGCCCUACAACCCCGCACACUACAUGCUGGACACCAAGAAAUACUGCAACUAG